AUGAACUCGAAUGCCGACGAAUUAGUUUUAUCAAAUGAUCCAUUACAUCCAGCAAACCUUAUUCCAGAGUUGUGUAAACAACUUUAUAACCUAGGUUGGGUUACAGGAACAGGAGGUGGAAUUUCUAUUCGUAAAGAUGAUUUCAUUUAUAUUGCUCCUUCAGGUGUUCAAAAAGAACGAAUGCGACCAUCCGAUAUAUUUGUUCUUACACUUUCUACUCGUAAAAUACUUCGAGCACCUGAAAUGUAUCGUCCUUCUGCUUGUACACCAUUAUUUUAUAAUUCUUACACAUUGCGUAAUGCUGGUGCAUGUAUUCAUUCACACUCACAAAAUGCUGUUAUGGCGACUUUAUUGUUUACUGGAGAAACAUUUGAAAUUACUCAUCAAGAAAUGAUUAAGGGGAUUAAACGUGGAAGUGGAGAUCAAUAUUUGGAUUAUCAGGACACUUUAAUAGUUCCAAUCAUAGAAAAUACAUCAUUUGAAGAAGACUUAACGGAAAAAAUGGCUGAGGUGAUGGAAAUUUAUCCCGACACCAAUGCUGUUCUUGUGCGUCGUCACGGUGUUUAUGUUUGGGGAGAAACUUGGGAAAAAGCAAAGACAAUGUCAGAAUGUUAUGAUUAUUUAUUUGAGAUUUCAGUAAAGAUGAAAAGUAUUGGAUUAGAUCCUACUACACGUCCUGAUAAAUAA